CCCUACCUUCUGUUAUAAGCCCAGCCUCCAGUCUUUAACACUAGGUGGCCUCCUUUGCUGUGCGGGGCCCGGUGACAAGACUUGUUAGGCUCGAACAAUAAGCGGUUUCCUGCCUGCUCUUUACUUCAGGCACAUCUUCUUGCUGUUGUGUAUAUCUUCUUGCUCACUCGCCUGGCUAACCCUGCGGCACGAAGCCUCUACUUUAUCGCGGUCUCAAUACCGGCACCAUGAGUAGCUCGCUGCUUCUACUGCGUUUUGUGAGUUAGGCGCUUGGACUGCACUGUCCAGCAGCGGCGUUAAGCGCCCCGCGACCGGCGCUACAAGCUUGGAGGACAGCUGCCGCGAACGUGUUGGAGCACUUGUCCUUUAUGAAUAUCAAGAUGAGCAAAAGUCGUCGCAUAGGGCUCGCUAGGCUGCAGCCGGUGCGGAGCUCGCUGGUUGUUGCCUUCUGGCUACUCCUCGCCGUUUCUCGCCUCGCUGGUGCUGCGGAUGCGGCCCUGUCAGAAGAGUCUUUUGACUGCCGCGCUGGCUGCAAACGGGCGUUCAAGCCCGCAUGUGGCGCGGACGGGCGAACGUAUGCCAGCGCGUGCCUUGCCAAGUGCCAGGGCGUGCAAGUAGCACAUCAUGGGCCGUGUGAAGGCGAGGACGUGUUGCAUCCUUCCAACUGCAACGUGGUGGCCGACGCGGACGCGGCAGGCCGCGCCUCGCCGGUCCUCACGCCUCGGCGCCUAGAGGCCUUUGCGCACGAGGGCUACCGCUACGCAGGCCAGCUGACCCUUACCGGCGAGCCGGUGCGGCCGCAGGCCCGCAGCCACAGCCAGCGCCCCGCAGCCGGCGCCUCAUCGACAGCGCAGCAGCCUCUAGCACGUGCUAUGCGCGUCACACGGGAGGGGCACGUGUACUUUGCCGACAUAGACGAGACGGUGGCGGCGGUGCUGGAUGACGUCAUCAGCCGCAACGCCAACGCCAGUGACGGUAAAGAGCCGCACGUUCACGCGCUGCUGCACAACCUGCGCCAGUGGCGAGACUACCACAGCGGUGGUCGCGGCGGUGGCGCGGCGGCCGGCGGCGGCGCUGGCGGGGGCAAGUGGAAGAAGGGCGCCAGCGUGGCUGCGGGCUCGGGGGAUGCUGUGACGCGGGAGCACACGCUGGUGCCGGGGCUGGUGGAUGCCAAGGUGGCGGGCUCUUCAAGCGGGUCCGGUAGCGUGGCGGCAGCGGCGGCAGCUGCCAGCGGGGGCGGUAAGAGCGCAGGGGCGUCGAAGGUGGACGGCCAGGGCCGGAAGAAGCAGACGCAGAAGCAGGCGGCGGCGAGCAACGCGUUUUGGAAGUUCUGGGGGCAGCAGCGCAAGGACGAUGGUCAGGACGCCGGGCAGCAGCAGCAACAGGAGCGGGGCGGGCAGGGUAAUCCUGGCAUAUCUUCGUCGGCUGCUGCCGGCGGCAGUCUGCAUCGGCAGGCCCGCCGCUCGCUGGGCAUUUUUGACGGGGAUGACCGAGUGGACUGCCCGCGCACGCCCACCUACCCUUUCACGGCGGUCGGCCAGAUCAACGUGCGCGACUCCACCGGCAACUACGUGUGCAGCGGCGCGCUGGUGGGGCCGGAUGUGGUGCUCACGGCGGCACACUGCGUCUUCAACCGCGGGGCACAGACGUUCUACGACAAGCUGGAUUUUGCGCCGGCGCGUUACCGCACCCUGGACGGCGAGAUCGUGAACCCGUUUGGUGUGGUGCCCUGGAGCUAUGUGACCGUGUACCAGAGCUACUCCACCAUGUCCACCGCCGACCCCAAUGUGUUCGACGUGGCUGUGAUCAAGCUGUCGCAGCGCAUCGGCUCGCAGGCGGGCUGGAUGGGCGUGUUCGAGCCGUGCAACGCCUUUGCGCCCAGUCGCUACGUGGCGCUCACGGCCGGCUACCCCAGCGACCAGCCGCCGGGGUCGUGCAAGACCACGCAGUGCGUGGUGGUGCAGGAGCCCUGCACGGAUGGCUACCUCUACCACAAGUGUGACACGGCCAGCGGGCAGAGCGGCAGCCCCAUGUGGAUGAUGGCUAUGACCUCGCAGCGCAAGAUGGGGCCCUACGUGCGGGCCGUGCACAACAUCGAGUGGGUGCAGGAGAUGCCCAACGGCCAGUCGGUCAGCUACAUCAACAGCGCCGUCAGCAUCACGCCCGACCACUACCGCUCCAUUCUGGCAUGGAUUGCGCCUUCCUUUGACACCAGCGGCAGCAGUAGCGGCUCCGACAGCAUCACGCCAAUGGGCCCUGCGCUGCCGCCGCCCAGCACCACUGGCAGUAGCAGUGGCAGCGGCGGUUCGCAGUACAGCGUGGGGCGGUGAGUGGCUGCCGCGCUGUAGCCGCCACAUGGGGGGAUGCGGAGAAGCGUUGCGCAUCAUGACGCCCGGUGGCGGGAGCCGCAAGGCCUUAGCGCCCCGCGCUGCUUGCAGCCGCAGCACGCGCGGGGCACCCUAGCUGCAGCUUGUUGGUGCUCAUGCCCCAAUGCUUUGGGCGCACCGGGGCACCUAAUUGGCGCCGAGUUGGUGUUGUAGUGUGUGUGGAUGGCUACCGUGUUAUGCAGGAUUGUGAGUCGGUGUUUGAUCCGUUUGCGGCUUGGGGUAUUUUUAUGUACAAGUGGCAAUCAUCUGUGCGGACCGGUCCCUUUGGGCUUCCUUUGAACACACACUGCUGUGUCGUUAGAUAGAUGGGUGGCACGUAGAGUAUUCAUAACUAUCCACGAAAGGAAGUGGCGAUUUUCUUGUCGGACGAUGCGCAGGCGCUCAUCUUGCCCGGUGCGGCGCUGCUGCUGCACCUGCGCGGGACACAGGCGGGGAGAAGGAGCUGGGUGCAUGCGAGUGUCGCGAUCAGCACUAUUGAUGGCCUGAAUGAUGGUGGUGCACGGCGAUGAGGCCCGACUGCUUGUCUAGAUCUGACUUCCAUAGCACUGGGGUGGAAAUUAUGGAAUCCUGAUUGUGGGAUUCCUUGUAGCCGCGAUUGAUUUCUUAGACACACACACUAGCUUCUAGCACGCUAUUAGGAGCCUUCGCUCACCCUAGUUUCCGUGGACCUUGCGUGUCCCCACCCAAUGAAGUGAAUGAGCACGGUGCGCUGUGGAUAUUGUCGCGCCUGGCUGCUUGCUGCCUCAAUUAGCAGGCACGUGAGCACGUAUGCUGUCGUGGUUUCGCCCAGUCUGUAAUACAGGCCGCCG